CCCUCGUUUCCACUUAUUGGCUGCCCUGGACCCAGCCCCUCGCCCUUUACGGGGGAAGGCACUCAUGCUCGCAGUCUGCGGAUCCCCGCUCUCCGGAGAAGCAGAAAUGGGCAGGAGGUCCCCGGCUGCCCUCCUUGUGGCCCUGUGGGCCAGCCAGCUGGGCCUGUGGGCGGCGGGGCGCUCCAAGGUGAACCCCAGGAUCAUCACGGCUCCCCGAGGUGCAAGAGAAUAUGUAUUUCCCACGAAUGAGAAAUACCCUGUCUUUUACCAUAAAGAAAACAGUUCAGCCAUCUUUGUCGGGGGAGAGGGAAAGCUUUACUACUACGACUUUGCAACCUACGAGACAUACACGGAAGACUUCCCUGUGGUAAAAGAAGGACAGUGCAUGAACUCUGGAGGUCCGGAAGACAAUAAAAAUUACCUCACAUUACUGGGGGAGCAUGGAAAUGGGAUGUUAGUGUGUGGAACCGGUGCUUGCUCUCCUACCUGCUGGCACUGGGAACAGAAGAAGAAGGGCUCUCCAUGGGAUGGGAGAGGUAUUGCCCCUUUCAGCCCUGACUCGAAUUCCCUCGUCGUCGUUGACGGUCCUGAUAUCUAUUCCACCAUCAAGAAGAGCCAACAAAAUGGCAAGAUACCACGUUUCCGGCGAGUGAAAGGAGGUGGAGAGCUCUACACAAGUGACACUGUGAUGCAGAACCCCCAGUUUGUCAAAGCUACCACUUUGCGGCACGAAGAACCUCACCAGGACAAGAUUUACUACUUCUUCCGUGAAGACAAUCCAGAUAAGAGUCCCGAGGCACCCAGAAACAUCUCCCGAGUGGCCCAGCUGUGUAAGGAAGAUAAAGGGGGAACCAGCUCACUCUCUGCUUCCAAGUGGACCACCUUUCUGAAAGCCAGCUUGAUUUGUGUUGACCCAGUCACCAAGGGCAACUUCAACUGGUUGCAGGAUGUCUUCUUUGUCCCUUCGAGUAACUGGAGGGAUUCUAAAGUCUACGGGCUCUUCACAAACACAUGGGGAAGCUCUGCUGUUUGUGUCUAUUCCUUCAGGGACAUUGACAAUGUAUUUCGGACAUCCAAACUCAAAGGCUAUAAUGGACCCAACCCAGAUGUCAAGCCUGGACAGUGUGUUUCUUCUGGACAGCACACCCCAAGCGAGACCUUCAAGAUAGCCGACAGCCACCCAGAGGUGGAGGACCGAGUGGAGCCUCUCACCCCAACAAAGAGCCCCUUAUUCCACAACAAGCAUCGCUAUCAGAAGAUCGGGGUGCACGAGGUCUCUGCAGCAGAUGGACACCGCUACAACGUGCUUUAUCUGGCAACAGACAAAGGAUCCAUCCACAAGAUCGUGGAGUUGCCAGAUGGGGUGCAGAACAUCAUGGAGCUCCAGGUCUUCCCAAAGAAGGACCCAAUCCAGUCCAUGAUCCUGGACCAUCAGAGGGCAAUGCUGUACGUGGGCUCAACAGAUAAAGUUGUGGAGAUACCCAUGGACAUGUGUGGGGUGUAUCGUAACAACUGUGAGAGCUGCUUGCUGGCAAGGGACCCAUACUGCGGAUGGUCCGACGGGCGUUGUCAGUCAGUGUAUCGAGGCCGGGAGAUGCGUCAAAACCUAAAUCUGGGCUCCUGGAAAGAAAAGUGCCAAGGGGGUAGAAUUAAGGAAGCAGACAACUACCAGAACAUCACAGUUGUCCCUUUCUCUCGCUACUACCUCAACUGCCCUGUCGAGUCCCACUAUGCCACCUACAACUGGUAUCACGACGACUUCCUCAUCAAGACCUGUAACAACACCCACCCCCAGCAGGACUGCUUGCAUUUCAUCCAGAACGUGAGCCAUGCUCACUACGGCCGCUAUGUCUGCGUCUCUGAGGAGGACGGCUUCAGGCAGGCUUUGGUGAAGGAGCGUCUGGUGGGCCAGCUCAGAUUCAUGUCACAGAAGGGCCAGGCCACCUCAACACUUGGCUCCUGGUUGCAGCUACUCCUGAUGGUGGUGUUGGUGGAGCUCUUCCACUGAACAUGACAGGAUCGUGUUCUCACAUUCCGGUUCGCUGCUGCUCUUCCUCAACUUGCUGUCCGCUCCUGAGGCAAGAUCUCCAUUCUCUUAGUCACUCCUAGGACAUUAAUCUUUGACUGUCCCAGAAGGGAUCCUGCCACUCUGUGCAGCAACCCUUCCGUCUCAGGUCCUGGUGGAAGAGGUGACUCUCGGGCAUUGUGAGGAAGAUGCAACUACAAGGCCAGAUGGGGCAGGGUUUGGGGACAGGGAGGGAAGGGGUACCCUAAGACGCAGCGGACGUUCACUGCGAUGCUGAUGGGGUGGCUUCAGCCUCUCCCCCAACAUCUGCUGAUAGCUCUGUGCUAGUAAUGCUCAUGGGCAUAGACUGGGUGCCAGUUUUGUUCAGGGGACUAUGCGGAUGUGCAUGCACUGAUCCUCAGGGCCUGGUGACUCCUCUCUUUGGGAACAUGCAUGUGAUGAAGAGGAGGAGCCAGCCCUUGGCCUUACCAGCUGGUUGAUCUGUGCUUCUCUCCAAGCAAGGACUAAUGCCUCCAGGUUCUUAGUGGCUAAGGUCUGUUCGAAUCGACAAGGACCUGGAGUGCUCCUUGUGUCACCUGUGAGUCCUUUCCUGGCCUGGUCACAGGAGUCAGAAGAAUCGGACCCUGGGGGAACGUUUUGUUUUUUGUAGAUGUGGGAGGAACUAGCAUUGGUUUCCUGCAGGAAAGGGCAGGCACAGAGUUAGCGUUUUGCAUGGAAAGGACUUGGAGGGUGACUAGAUUUGGCAGGUGUGAAAGGACAAACCAAAGGCCCUCGCUUUCCCGGAGAUGGGAAGGGCAGCCCAAACCGGAACCUGGGUGGCCCUGAGAAGAAGUUCAGAUGCACACGUCUUCUGUAGGCAGCUAAAGGUGCUUAUCUGUGGUCAGCCUGCUCCCAGUGCACCUUUCCUCCAAGCGAGGGACCAGGCUUCCUCAGGGAAAGAGGAGGCAGGCUGCAGAUCUUGGGGUGCUGCAAACAGGCGUAACCUCCCUGGGCAGAGCCGAGCCGAGCCGAGCCGAGCCGAGGGGCUGCCUCUGUUUCCACCACCCGGGAGCAGAUCUGCCUCCCUCCCUCGCGGCGAGUGCUGAGGGAGGGGGAGGUGAAGCAGCACGCUUGCUUCCCUUGGCCUUUGAGACCUCCAAGCAAGACUAAACUGUGAAAAUUGGGAUUCUCUCCUGAGGCCUACGUCCAAGGGGUGAUCCCACAGCUUGUCCAAGCCUUUUCCAGCCCUCUUGGCCCCCAGAACACCCCGCCUCAGGCAGGCCGUGUGACGGCGGGACAUCCUAUCGACGUGCUUCCAGUUGCCCGUAAGGGCAGCACGACUCCUGCUUCGUGCCCGCUCGGGAGCGCUGGAGCGGGCCGGGCAGGCGGCGCGGCCGGCCCGGGAGCCGGGUCCCCAGGUUUCCGCGACCGCAGGCUGCGGGCGGCGGGCCAGAGGUUCCUACUGCACUACAUUUCCCCACCAACCUUCGGAGUCUAGAGUUGAGCUUGUUACAUCUCUUCUCAAAGCACUUUAACUUUGUGAACUAACAAAUACCUAUUUAUUAGCCGCCGAGGAUUACUGUACUUGUAUAAUUUUAUAAUAUUGUAGAAAGGAGGUGCGAGUUAGGAAAAUAACAGCUACCAAAAAACCUCUCAGAGCUGUGACCAAAGCGCCAGCGUGAUUGUGGAAAUAAAAGAGCGGAAAAGAGCAGGCGGAGCGUUGCGUUGGGGGCGAGGAGCGCGGGGGCCACCCGCCGCCCCGGCCCCCAGCCCGCCGCCACUUCUUGCUGCCCCCCCCCGUUUGCAGCGCGCCCUUCCCGCGGGCUCGCGCCGCCGUUGGGCCCGCGGUGGGUGGGCGGCCAGCCG